AUGGAUAGAAGUCAUGAUAUCGAAAAAGCUAACGUAGCCGCACUCUAUGAAGCCUCACAUGCAGGUUGUGAAAGCACUUUGAACUCGUUGAUGCAAAGGGACGCACUCAUUCUUAACAAAAUUUCAUUGACGUCCUUCACCGACACGCCCUUACAUAUAGCAGUUCUACAUGGUCACCUAGAAUUCACUACGGCUUUACUCAGGAGGAAACCUAAUCUCACGGGCCGGAAGGACUUGCAGGGUCGAACUACCCUUCACUUGGCUUCUGCGGAGGGCCACGCCGAGAUUGUGAGAGAAUUGCUGCAAGCAAAUACAGAUGUUUGUCUAGCUCGUGAUGCAGUUGGGAGAAUUCCUCUCCACUUAGCCAUGAUGAGAGGACACAUAGAGGUAAUAGAAAAGUUGCUUAAUUCCAAACCAAACUCGUUCUUGGAGGAUUUUGAUGGAGCCAGUGUUUCGCACUUGUGUGUUAAAUAUAACUGUUUGGAUGCCUUGAAAUUGCUAGUGGAAUCUGCCGAUGACGAUAGAUAUUCCCUCAACUCCAAAGACAAUGAUGGUAACUCCAUAUUGCAUUUAGCUGUGAUGCUCAGGCAAACGGAGAAUUGUACGGGCAAGGCAAUUUUCUCUGAUAUCAGCCCAAAUGAAUAUGAAUUAUUUUUGUCUUUCAACACCACCUCUCUUGUUGAAGCUCUGAGCGUCGUACUUCUGGUCACCAUGCAGCUUAUUGCAGUCACGUUCUUGCUAUCUACCUUUUUUUUGGCUGUGGAUUUGGUGACCUCGGAUACUGUUAAAGAAAAACCCAUGAUCACCUGGAUUCUCUUUACAUUAUCGGGAAUUUGGUUGGUACUACUUGUGAUUGCUGUUGUGGUUCUCAUAUAUCGCCAGUUAGUUUGGAUGGAGGGUUUUUCCCUUGGUUUUAUUCUGUCUCUUCCAUUUGCAGUUUUUGUGCUUCUUGUUUGCAAUGGCAUUCUUCAGUGA